CAUGCGCAGACUUCUGGCAGGUUACACGAGUUUAUUUUAAGCCUUUUUCUUGGAGAUGGUGUAAACUAAGAACAGGUCAAGAUUCCUGCACGCAAAGUAAUGCGUUUCCCGGACUGUUGGACUUAAAACGUGACUCGUGGGGACGUCUUCGGAGCGCCGUGGUUCGGAGUUUGACGGUGUGACAUGUGAAAUGUUGCUGCGUGGUUUGUCUGUUUUUCCAGGCGGUGACGGACAGACCCAGCCAGGCUAGCAGAGCUAACUAACUAGCUAGCUAGGUAGCUGGCAGCCAAGCAGCUCAGCUAAUAUCUUUAGCGUCUGUGCAGGCUGAGCGAGCGUGGUGCGUUUGCCACGGCUCUGUUUGUUUGUGAGAGUCCGAUCAGGUCAUCUCCACACUGCCAGCUGCCACACCAAGGCAGACACGGAGCGGCCGAGCAGCUUAGCUACUGUUAGCUACUUUGUGCGCCGUGAGAAAGUAAGUGGACCCUUUGGGCAAGUGAUAUUCAUCCAUUUGGCGUCCUUAUCCGCUCGUAUUAACUCUAAUAAUCGGUGCUGAAAUGCAGCGCUGAUAGUGCUAUCUGUUAGCUAGGAGCCCACGUCGCAGCACGCCGGUCAUCUUGUUUUGGCUGACAUGGCAGCCAGCGGAUACUCCGACCUGAGGGAGAAGCUCAAAUCCAUGACUCCGCACAGAGACGACUAUAAAAACAAGUACGUUGACGGGACGAGCAACGGGAAACACCGAAAACGCAAGUACCGGGAGUCCGACGACGACGAGUAUGAACACAGCGACGACAGCACGGACCUCCGGGAGCAGGAGGCCCGCCGGGUGAGGAGCAGCAUCCAGCAGAAGAGCAUCUUCACGCCGGAGGAGUGCGCACGCAUCGAGAAGAAGAUCGACGAGGUGGUUGCCCAGGCAGAGGCUGGACUUUACCGCGAGCACACCGUGGAUAGGGCGCCCCUUCGCAACAAGUACUUCUUCGGGGAGGGCUACACGUAUGGAGCCCAGCUGGAGAAGCGUGGUCCGGGUCAGGAGCGGCUGUACCGCAAAGGGGAGGUGGACGAGAUCCCGAGCUGGGUGCACGAGCUGGUGAUCGAUCGGCUGGUGUCAAACGGAGUGAUCCCUGAGGGGUUUGUCAACAGUGCAGUCAUCAAUGACUAUCAGCCAGGGGGCUGCAUCGUGUCACAUGUGGAUCCUUUGCACAUCUUUGACCGGCCCAUCGUGUCCGUGUCCUUCUUCAGUGACAGCGCGCUCUGCUUCGGCUGCCGCUUCCAGUUCAAACCGAUCAGGGUGUCUGAGCCUGUGUUUGUCCUACCUGUGAGGAGAGGGAGCGUCACCCUGCUUAGUGGCUAUGCUGCAGAUGACAUUACCCAUUGCAUCAGGCCCCAGGACAUAAAGGAGAGGCGUGCAGUAAUCAUCCUCAGGAAGACUAGACCUGACGCUCCUCGACUGGGCUCUGAAAGCUCCUUAAGAACUUCUCUUGCACAGAAACCAGCUCGCCUGAAAGCCAAACGUUCUCAUCGCAAAGCAGACCCUGAUGCAGCUCACAGGCCGAGGGUUCUGGAGAUGGAUAAAGAGGAGAACAGACGUCCUUCACUGUCCCGUCCUCAUCGUCACAGCAUCAGCUCGGAGAACUACAGGAGGCGCGGGCAAGACUACGACAAACAGCAGGAGGGUUCAGGGCGCAAAGUCAAAAUGAGGCGCCAUUGAGGACUCCUUUCACAUUUUGGCACCGGGAGCACAGUCAUCAUGGCGUUGCUCUUUGAUUUGAGUCUGGAUCAGUUUGUGUUUCUGGCAGACGAAGCUAGCAUCUCUGCUACAUAUUACAGCACUUGGAGUUACUCACUACAGUUAGGCUCUGUUGAUAAACUGUUCAGUUAAUUUAAACUUUUUUGUUUGUAUGUUUAUAGAUACCUAAAACUGGCAUGUUGUAUUUUUUUUUUUUUUUUUUUUUUUUUUUUUUGUAACCAAGAUGUACAGACCUUGAGCGCUAAAAGGAGAAUGGACUUGUACAAAGGAAACUGUGAGCUGUAAUCUAACUUGUUAUAAUGUACAAUAUGUUUAUAUAGUGUCUGAUUGGGGGGACUUUUAUUGAGAAUUUGAGUUUUAGCACCUACAUUUCUGACCUGUACCUUCACUGUGCCACCUCAGAAAUUCACUUUAGCCUCCAUAUCACAGUUUUAAGUUGCAGCAGCUGGCGGACGCGCAGCCUGGCUGUGUUAUGAUUCGACUCGGCUGCGUGGCUUAUUCCGCUGGUCUGCCAGCUGGAGCGAAGCACCAUUUCAGGAGUGAUGGGAAAAACUCAGGUCUUGUUUUACACUCCUGUUUCAGUCUGAAGUUUCUUGGAGCCACAGAGGCUGUACUGUUCUGUUAGAUCUAAAUUUUCCUCUUUUAAAUCAGGUGAAAUCGAGGUCGGUCAUAAGUUUAAUUUGAGCAGAACGACCUCUAUUAUGUCCUGUUUAGUUUGGGUCUGAUAAGAAAUAAUUUCUUUGCGGUUUGCUGUGUAAACGCAAAUUUGUUGCUUGCUUUCAGUCAUCCGUGCUUGGCAGAGGUACUCAUUAGCUGACUCCUUAGUAUGGAGUUACAUAUGAGCAAAAAUAACCUUGGUUCAGAGGAGAAAUUGCUUUCUAAAAACAGGAUGUGGAGAUGCCCAUGGCCCUCUGUAGCUUGGCUAAAGUUGAAAUGAUUCUGUGGACAGUGGAGGAGUAUGAGGUGGUUUCAUGGGUUUUUAGUUUGUUUUUGGAUUUUGAAUGAAAAGGUCCUCGCUAAAUUAAAUAAAGCUAAAUUUGCCUCUCCAGAGUUUCUUUAUUGAAGCCUGCUGUCAUACUGACAAAUGUGUAUUUAUUAGGAAUGCACCGCGUGUGUUUAAACACCUGGAAGAAAUUUAAAAGUUCAGAUUCAGUGUGAUACAGCAGAUAAACAUUAGUCACUCUUACUGAUAAAUGUCUUAAUUUACAAUAGCUCAGUAUCAGUAAUCAAAACUGAAGCAUACGUGCAUCGCUACCUUUACAGUCAGCUUUCCAGCCACUCCACAUUUCUAACAAAGCUUUACUUAAACAGAAACAAGCUGCUAAACAGCUGCAGUUAUGGACAUUUUUAUUUUAAUAGUCUGAUUCUGUGGUAUCCAAAAUAUGAUUUCUUCUUCCAUUUUAAAGCUAGAAUAUGUUUUUACUCUUACAAAGUGUGGAAAGGCAACCUGAGCUUGCUCGCAUGAGCUCUGAAGUUGGGGCAUUGCCUAAAGUUGCCCACUGCAGACUUUGUAGUAGGGAUCUGGCAGGAUCUGGACUUUAACAUCUGAUCCAACAGAUAUUUAUGUUCUCUCACUAUGCUGAAGACUGCAGUGCAGCUAUGGUUAAAAAGUCUGCAGUUCACAGCAAUACAAAACCACACACUGUGCAACAAAUGCAUGUCAUCCUCGCCCAAUCGGAGGAUUUUGGUCUGUACUUUGUGCUCCUGAGUCUCAGACUGCAUUGACUGCAUGAAAGAAAGCUCAGUUUUCAUGUAUUUGCAAAUAGUUGAACUUUGACUUCAAUGGAGGCUCACUGAAUAAAGUCUGAAGGUCUCUUUCUUGUAGGCCACUUUCAGUAGGAGGCUGUGCACCCAUGCUGUAGAGCCCUGCUAUCUCCAUUUAAAUCUGAUUUUAUAGCUUUGGAAUAGUUAAUUAUUAAGUGAUGAAUUUCACUUAAGAGGGAAGACAAAUGGGAAACGAGCUGUCCUAUCAAAUCUACUGUAAAUAUUCCCCUUUUUUUUCCUUUUUUUUU